AUGAACAUUACAAUACUCAUCACAAUUGCGACGUUUGCCUCGUAUAAAACAUCCCUUGUUACAGACGCAGUAGAUACUGUACGCCAAUGCCACGGAUACGUAGAGGAGGAUGAGAGUGGCGAGCUUCAUUUCUGUCUGAGGGUUUUUGUUGACGAGUGGGUGGUUGAUUAUUUCAUCGCAGUGUUUUCCGGCUGGCAUCCAACAAUUGUUGUGAGCUUCACAGACGCAAAAGGAUGA